AUGAUUUCAGAAGCUGAAUGGCAAGCAAAGCUUUCUCCAGAGCAGUUCCGCAUUCUACGUCAAAAGGGCACCGAAAUGGCAGGCACUGGUGAAUACGACGAGCAUUUCGACAAAGGCGUGUACAAUUGCGCUGGUUGCGACACUCCACUUUAUACAUCUGACCACAAAAUGGUUAGCCAUUGCGGCUGGCCUGCUUAUUUCACAGCCCUCCCCGGGAAAAUCAACCGUCACGUCGAUAACUCAUUCGGGAUGAAGAGGAUCGAAAUAACAUGCUCCAACUGCGACGGUCAUCUUGGACACAUCUUUGAAGGCGAGGGAUAUAAGAAUCUAGCUGGUGACAAGGUGAAUGACCGUCACUGUGUCAAUUCCGUUAGCUUGAAAUUCACUCCAGAGAACAAGUAG